AUGAGCUACAAACCAAACAACAACGAGCGCACGCCGCUCCUCAAUGGCCUCAACGGCGAGGGCUCCAAUGGCAACCAGAAUCACAUUCUAGGUGAUAUUCGUCGCGAGCGCUCCGCCGCCUACCAAUUCUUCUUCGAUUCGAAGCACACGCCCGGCAAUGACAGCGACAACUUGGUCGUCCGCAGCCUUGCCUACACUUGGCAUGUCACCAAGGUGACUCUCCUGAGCAACUAUGUCAACUUCCUGCUCAUCAUGGUCCCCAUCGGCAUUGUUGCUGGCCGCCUCGGCUGGAACUCAACCGCCGUUUUUACCAUCAACUUCUUCGCCAUCAUCCCGCUCGCCGCCGUCUUGUCCUUUGCGACUGAGGAAAUAUCUCUCAAGCUCGGCGAGGCUCUGGGUGGGCUGCUGAACGCUACUUUUGGAAACGCUGUUGAGUUGAUUGUCAGCAUUGUGGCUCUCCGCGAGAACCAGAUUGAGGUUGUGCAAUCCUCCAUGCUCGGAUCCAUUCUUUCCAACUUGCUGCUGGUCAUGGGAAUGUGCUUUUUGUUUGGCGGUCUUCGACACCGUGGUUCGACAGGAGCUGGUACAGAACAGGUCUUCUCGGCCGCCGUUGCGCAGACUACCUGCUCUCUCAUGGCCCUCUCCUCUGCUUCCCUGGUCAUUCCCGCUGCGCUGUACGGCGUUCUCGACCAGAAGGAUACUGAUAUCGGCGACAAGGACCGCAGCAUCCUGACUCUUUCUCGCGGCACUGCCAUCAUUCUGCUGGCUCUAUAUGCCCUGUAUCUCGUUUUCCAGCUUCGCACGCACAGCAACCUUUUCGAUCCCGAGGACCCUGCCACCGCCGACGGUGAGGAGCCCGAAGAGCCCACCCUGGGUCCGAUUGCUGCCACCGGAGUCCUCGUCGUUGUAACAAUUUUGGUCGCCAUCUGUGCCGAUUACUUGGUCGGAAGCAUCGAUGACCUUGUCGAAAGCGCAAAUAUCAGCAAGGCAUUCAUCGGUUUAAUCCUGAUUCCCAUUGUUGGAAAUGCUGCGGAACAUGUCACUGCCGUGGUCGUCGCCCUUCGCAACAAGAUGGACUUGGCCAUGGGUGUGGCAAUUGGCUCCAGCAUCCAGAUCGCGUUGGGUGUCACACCAUUCCUCGUUAUUGUCGGAUGGAUCAUUGGACGUGACAUGACGCUCCACUUUGAGACCUUCGAGACUGUUGCAUUCGCCGUGUCUGUCUUGGUUGUCACUUAUACCGUUCAAGACGGCAAAUCAAACUAUCUCGAAGGUGCCAUGCUUCUCGGCCUCUACAUUAUCAUUGCCGUUGCUUUCUUUGCUACACCAGGCGACUUUCUGGACAAGGCAACAAAUCUUGUCAGCGGUGGCAACUAA